AUGUUUGAGACAACAACAGAUGCGGUACAUCCGCGGUUUACAAAGAAACCUGCAUAUCCUCUUAGUGGUUUUAAAAUAGCGUUGGUCCAGCUGGCAGUGGGGCCAGAUAAAUCAAAAAAUGUGGCACAAGCUGUGAAGGAAAUUCACUUGGCUAAAGAAAAAGGUGCCCAGUUGGUAGCGCUACCUGAAUGUUUCAACUCACCUUAUGGCACUCAGUUCUUUAAGGAGUAUGCAGAAGAAGUACCAUCUGGUUCGACUUGCCACGCCCUGUCCAAGGCGGCGGCGGAAGCAGGUGUGUGCGUCAUAGGCGGGACCUUGCCCGAGCGCUGCGGAGAAAAACUGUACAACACCUGUACGGUUUGGGAUAACACGGGAAAAUUACUAGCGCGACAUAGAAAGAUGCAUCUCUUUGAUAUAGACAUUCCAAACAAGAUUACGUUCAAGGAAUCGGACGUGUUGAGUGCCGGGGAUCAGAUAACCACAUUCGAGUACCAGGGGAUCAAGAUAGGUCUAGGCAUUUGUUACGAUCUGCGCUUCCCUGAGAUGGCGCGGCUGAUGGCCGAUCAAGGAUGUUCGCUGCUGGUAUACCCGGGCGCGUUUAACAUGACGACGGGUCCGCAGCACUGGGAGCUGCUAGGGCGCGCGCGCGCCGUCGACCAGCAGCUGUGGGUGGCACUGGCUGCCCCGGCGCGAGAUCCUGCCGCGCACUACGUGUCCUGGGGCCACUCCACACUUAUAGACCCCUGGGGUGCCGUGCGCGCGCAUCUCACCGAUCAGCCCGACACUCUCCUUGCCGACAUAGACCUUUCCACCGUGGACGAGGUAAGAAGCCAAAUACCUGUCAGAGUUCAAAGAAGGACUGACAUUUAUGAUACCAUACAGAAGUCAUAA